CGACUCUUGCCUCGGCAUCUCAGUCAGAACGAGUGCGAAGUCUCUCAUUACGAGCAGCUCCCCAACCGCCUCGUCUUUCUAGAACCCUCACAACACCGGCGAAGCAUCAUGACCCUUCCGUCAUUUCUCCCAAGACGCAGGAGCCCAAAGUCCUGGACGCUUCUCGACUCUCUCGCUCGACAACUUUCACUCGAUCCGAGUCGAUCAAACAAGUCUUCAGACGCUGGUCGACACGUUCUUCGGAUAGCGAAGGAGAUAUGCGUCGUCCUUCACGAUCAAAGACGAGUAUGGGCUCCCGGCUUGUUUCAUCGAUUGCCGGCCAGGAGGUAGCGAUCAUCACACCGGUCGCGUCCCCGGAAACUAGAGGCAGAGCGCAAUCUCUUGACGGACAUCGGUCGAAGAAGAAGCGAUCCGUAAGGAGUACCUCGCCAGUCAGAUACAGAGUCAGGGAUUCCCUAGCCAAACACGGCAUCCGAAUUCCUUUACCUCACAAGUCGAGUCUGUACCAUCCAUGGUUUUCACCUACCGCAGCAGCCUCGACUUCGAUCCUCCUGUCGCCACAGACUGCUUCCUCAGGAGCGUCACCGAGCAUAGUGAUGUCCCGUGUACCGAGCACAAGUGAAACGCUCGUUGAAGUCUGUCCUCAAGCACAGCAGCUGAGUCAUGGCAUAGAUACCGGGAGUCCGGUCGCCUCUAGCAAGGAUCAUCUGGAUAAAGCUGAGAGGUAUCGGCGAUGUCAAUCACUGGUCGACAUACAUGACGACCAGUUGUUCAAGGAGUUGGUCGAGGGUCUGCCAGAAGACCCGCUUGCUUCCGAUCAAGUGAUGGACUCGGGCGACAUAGCUCGGCCCGUGGAUACGACUGCCGGAUCGCUUGGGCUGAUGGUCCUGCCACGCCGUGCCUCACAGGCAAACUCAAUCGGCGAGAGCGACGAGUCCGCCGGGGUCCUCAUCACGCGGUCAAUGAGUCUGCCUGAAAGUCAAAGUCGAGCGAGAAGAGAUCAUGUGCAUGCCUGGUUUAUAACGAGAGAGAUCGUGCAAGGGGAGAAGAGGUAUGGAAGGCUUCUGGCCAAGGGUGUGGCGAUUCGGGAGAGCCUUAUCUCAUCUGCUUCGAUCUCUGACAGCGAUGAGGGUGCAGAGGAGACGCGCCGCGAUGGACCAGGCUGCGUGACGAAGAGCCGUUGAGCUCCAGUCGAGCUCACCAUCACCCUAUCGCACAGAUUCACCAAGCUAUCAAACCUGUCACUGUCAUUGUCGACAAUGUUCGACGAUGCUCCAUCCCCUAUAGGCAUCUCCCGAGCAUUCAUCUCGCUCGAGGACGAUCUUGAUCGAACAGCUAGGCGCCUGGGCUGGUGAAGUUGGCCGAUACCUGUCGG